UCUUCCUAAUCAUUCUCUCGCAUACCAGUGCUCCCAAUUCAAAACAUAGGAAUCCGAGACCAAGAGCAAGGAAUGAGAGAAGUUUCACCAAAAUGUCCGCUUUAGAAAAGGAAAUUGCGUCUCUAGUACAAGAUAAGUACUUGAUGACCAACCUUGGUGCGUCUGUGAGCAAAUGGAACGCCGAAGCCCUAGCAAGAGCGUACCAGCGGCUGUUAAGUGUGUAUGACAACUGCUUUGACUUCACUUCCUCGACCAGCUGUGUGAAGACCAAGCUACAACAUGUUCAGAAAUGUCUCCGUCUGCUUGGGAUUGGCCACCUCGCUCCUAGGCUGGAUGAACUGACAGAUACUGGGAGAGCAUUAAGGAUCAUCUCUGCCCUUGAUGACAAGAUAUCUGCAAAACAUAGUGUUCAGAUAGCAGCCAAACGGAACAGAGUUAUAAUAAAGCAGGAAGAACUUAGAAAUAAGCCAGCCAAGAAGGUACUCAAGGUUCCAGCUCACAAAGAAAACCUUGAGCAAGAGAAUGUUGAUCCUAACAUCAUUUCCACAAAUCCUGAAGAACCCAUUGGAAAGCUUCCCAUCUGCACAUCCUCAUUAGGAGUGGUUAUGACACAGAAUGAAUGGUUGAUUCAACAGAAAGCAGACACUCACCCCACAGAAGCACCAAAGGAGAAAACGAUUACUACUAUUAUUCCAACAGGUCGCCAGCUACCUAGAACUCCUGUCAAACCAUCUGUUCUUCCACCUGAAGAUGCUGAUUCUCCAGAAACUCUACAAGAUGCAGAAACUUCAUGUGCAAUAGAAAGUAGUGACCAAGAAUCACUGUUUUUAUCUGUUGCUCCAGCAGCUAAUCAUAUUCCAAGUGGACGACAGCUUCCCAGAACACCAAAGGCUGAGGAAGACUUCAGUUCUAGUGAUGAUCAGUUAGAAUUUAGAAAGUCUGAGCCUUUCUUGGAAGAAAAGUCACACCAUAGUAUUGACCUUGCAAAGCAGAAUAAAACUGAAACAAACAGAAGAGGAACCUUUGUCCUCCCAACACCCCCAAGAUGCCAACAGACAGUGGCUUUGUCAGAGGAUUCUCUAUAUGAUAGUGAAAGACGAGGCACUUUCACUUUUCCCCCACCUGCAGGAUAUGAAAAGAAAGAUUCAUACAGUGAUGUUAGUGUAGAUGCUAGUGAUAGGAGAGGUACAUUUUCUCUUCCCUCACCUUUAGGAAAUGAGAGAGAUGAUGACACUAUACUAGAUAGAAGGGGCACAUAUACCUUUCCUCCUCCUGCAGAAUUUAAGGGAGAAGAUUCAUAUGGUGAGGAAGUGGACAAUGAAGAAGAGAGGAGCACUUUCACCCUCCCUCCUGUUGGGUAUGAUGAAGAGUCCCACAGAAAUGUCACUGAAGUUGAAGCAGAUAGGGAUAGAAGGGGCACAUACACCCUUCCCCCUCCAAGUGGAUAUGGUGAGGAUGACACAUACAGUGCAGUUAAUGCACCAAUUAGAAGAGGAACAUACAAUGUCUCAUCUACUGAAAUGGAUGGAGGAGACUCCUUUGAUUAUUGCCAAGAUGAGGAUGAUGACAUUUUCCAAAAAGAAACCAACAUCAGAGAAAAAUUUGGCGGCCCUCUACAUUCUGAGAAAGAGGAAAGAAGAGGUACAUGUGCUAUCAGUGCUUCUUCAGGUGUUGGUGACAGACGUGGUACAUAUGCUGUCAGUGGUCCUACAGAUGUUGGGGACAGACGCGGUACAUAUGCUAUCACUGGUCCUUCUGAAGUUGGAGACAGACGAGGUACAUAUGCUAUCAGUGGUCCUACAGAUGUAGAGGACAGACGUGGUACAUAUGCUAUAAGUGGACCUUCUGAAGUUAGAGACAGACGUGGUACAUAUGCUAUCAGUGGUCCACCGGAUGAAAAUGACAGACGAGGUACAUUUACUGUCAGCGGUCUUUCAGAUGAUAGUGAUAGACUAGGUACUUAUAACCUAGGUAAAGGCCCAUGCCCUUCAGAAGACUAUGUAGGGCCAAUUUUCUCAAAUAGAGUGAAAAAGGAGAUUUUAGUUUUUGGUCAGGAUUCUCUCAAAGCUAAGCCUAUGGGACCUAUUCCAGAUUUAAGUGAGUUUGAUGAUCUGCCAUUUACUAAUGAACUCCCUGCCUCUGAAGUUGCUGUCAACGAUUGUACAUUUCAGCUUGAUUCUGUUGAAUCUUCUAGAGAAGUGUCUGAAAUUUCUGGAAGAAAUUUGGAUAAACCAGUUAACAGUUAUGAAGAAAAGAAUGCUUCGCAUGAGGAAAUGCCAUUGCCAGUCAUUAGUGUAGCAAGUAACAGUGUGGUUGCACAGCCUCAGACAGCUAGAGAAAAUUAUAUUCCACGAGGAAAACAAAUACCAAGGACACCCAAUGAGAAUGACUCCAGGGAAAGGAGUGCCUCUCUGGUAAACAGUACUGGAAGUGUAACUGAAACUACAUUUGAACAUUCUAGUAUUGGAAGUGAUCCCAAUUUCUCUGUUCAGAUAUUUGUCGCAACUCCAAAGAGGCACCAGAAUGCUAAGCUGAUUUUAGAGAAAAAAGGUGAUGAUGCAGUAUUGAUUGAGAUCCCCAAAGAUGAUAGUGAUGUGACUAGAAACAAAAUCCAAAACAAUUAUGAAACUAAUUCAGAUAUGAAAGUAACACAUAAAGUAAAGCAAAGCCCUAAGCAGCUGCAGCCAAAAUUAGUGGAGGAAAGUCCUAGGAUAAAUUUGGAUGCAAAUAAUACUUCCAAAAAAUAUUCAGCUACCAGCAGUGUUGAUCUUCAGGAUAAGACAUUGGAAGAUAAGUUACCAAACCAUCCUGCAGAUUCUCUUUUCUUGAAGGAAACCAAUAUCUCAGACUUUGAUGAUUCUUUGGAGAUUUUCCCCUCAAAGACUGGAAAAAUAACCAUGAAGAGCAAGAAUUCCAUUGCAAGUAACAAUGGAGGAGCAAGUAGAGUUGCAGAGAGUGAAUUAGCAAAAAUAAAUACUUCUAUUAUGGAUACUGAUAGGACUAAGAUGGGUGAUACUGAGAAUGAGACUGAAAGUCAUGUUAGUAGUAAGGAAGAGAUGCAAAAUAAGUAUACACCUCAUAGAAAUUUCAGUGAGAUAUUAGAAGAUGACAUAAUGCAUAAUCCUGCAGGGGAAAGGAAGCACAUUAGAGGUAAGAGGAAGGAGAAAACCACAGAGAUGUCGGAGGACCCUGCUGUUGCAGCCCACACGCAGAAAAAGAACAAAGUCAGACCAAGGGAGAUGAAACUCAAGAAAAGCAAACCUGAGUCUGAAAACAAUGCUGAGAAAGAAACAGAUAUUACAGAAAAGGAAAGCAAAAUGCUUCUGGAAAGGAAAGUCGAUUUGAAACCUAAAAGCACCAAACGCAAGCAAGAAACACAAGAAAGAUCUGCCAAAUCUUGUGAAGAAAACAGACUUCUUGAUGCUGACCAUAAUUCAAUAAUUGAUACAGAACAUAAUGAUAGCAACCAGAUUUUCUUACAUCCAGUGAAGGUAAAUAGGCAAGGGCAGAAGGAUUCUCAAGAUGACAGCCAAAAGAAAGCAGAAGACACUAAGUCCGUAAAAGAACCUGUUGAACUUAAAGAAAAUAAAACUAAGCAAAGAAAACCAGUUGAAGAUAAAGCAGUUAAGAGAAGGGGUAGGAGAAAGGAAAAUGUAAUAAGUGAAGAUUGUGGUAACAAAAUCGAAACAGCUAUACCAAAAUCUGAAAAAAGUGAAAAACAAGAUUCUGUUGAGCCAGUUACAGAAAAGGUAAUGAACAGCAAAAGUGAUGAGUUAUCGCCAAUCAAAGCAUUGCCCAGACGAGGCAGGAUAAAGAAAGCUGUACCAGAGGAAAUAUUCCAGCAGAUAACAAAGGAUGAAGAGAAUGUAAAACCAGCAGAAUUACCUCCCAGUGAAGAAUUGCCAGAAUCACCAGCUAAAAGAAAGCGAGGAAGGCCUUCAAGAAGAGCAGCGAAAGAUCCUCUGCCCAAGGAAAAUGAUCUUGAAUUGAAUGAGACUAUACCAGUACAGAAGGGUAAAAAGAAAUCAGAAAAUGCAGAGGAGAAAAUUGAUAAAAAGAAAAGAAGUGGUCCAGUAAGUGACAAGCAGGCUGCUGAAGAAACAGAACCUGUAGUACAAGAAGUAAAGGAAACAUUGCAGCCAGAGCCAAAAUCCAAGACAAAGAGACAUUUAAGGAAAAAGAAUGAUGAGACAGUUUUAAAAAGUCCCCUAACCACUUCCGUUCCAGCCAAGAAAAGUACAAAGCAAAAGAAGACACAGGAAGAAAAUGCAGAUCAAACAGUAAUAAAAGAUAGCAUUGAAGAGAACCUCUUGGCAGAAACCAAGAAGAGUACAAGGAGAAAGAAGAUACAGAUGGAAAAUGUAGCUGUGGUAGAAGAGAAAGUAGAAACACCAGAAAAGGCCAAAACAACAGCUGCAAGAGGAAGGAAUGGAAGAGGAAGCAAGAAGACACUGGGUCCCGAAGGAGAAUUAGGAAGUAAGAACGCUCAAACCCACAAACCAAAAGGAAGGAGAAAAAAGACCAGUCCUGAUGAUAGUCAUAUGGAUGAGCAGCAACAAAACCAAGCAACCAAAGAAAAGGAAAUUCAGAAACACCAAGUGAAAGCUCCCAGGGCUUCACGUAAAAAGAAGAAUGCAGAGAUGUCACCUGAUGUUUCAUCCCAAGAAGUUCUACCAGCUACUGGUCGUCCAGGGCGGCAAUGUAAAGUUAAAGCUUCAGAAGCGAUUGCAGAGACCUUAAAUAGUUCUGACACCGAUUUUCUCAAAACUAUUAGAGCUUAUAAAUGAUGAACAAUCCUAGUUUUAUAGGUAAUUUGAUUUGUUGUUUUGCAUUUUUAUAUUCGAAAUAUUGCUUUUUAAUACUUACUAUAUCUGUUUAUGGUAUUUAUGUCUUCUGUUUCAAUCUUAUCCUCAUAUACAUAAAAGAAACAAGUGAAUUUCUUCUUUAUUUUACAUCAUCACUAAAGGACUGUGUUAUGCUCCCUUGUACUAGCAUGUCACUAGUUUUAUGUCAUUACAUUACUAGUCAGUGCUUGUUGAUUGUAUAUAUACGGCAUACAAAUUGUAUUUCAGUUAACUGAGCAAUGUUUUUAAUAGUGCCGCAAAUGAUCACUUCAUAAGGUUAAGAUUCGUAAUCUCCAUAAUCAUGAGUCUUCCAUUUCUGUCUUUAUUCUCACUGACCCAUUAUGCUUGGAUUUGCUUUGUCUUCCUUUUUGCAAACUAAAUGUAUGGGCAGAUUGACUUCUAUCAUUUUAAUGGCACUUAUUACUUUUAGCCAUUAAUUU